GGCCAAGUUUUGUGCCCUGAGGCAUGCCCACCGUCAAUUUUGCUCUCCUUGCUUUAUUUAGUUUUUUUUACAUUUCAUAAUCUAUGAUCUUCCUUCUUCUCCUUGCUUUAUUUUGUUUUCAUCAGGAAUCUGCCAUGCCAGUAUUGUUUCAUGCCAUAUCCAUCCUGUUAUCAGCACUGAUUGUUCUCUGGGGGGUCAAGAGCAUUGAGUUGGUCAGUUCCAUCAUUGUAUCCAUCUUCCUCCUCCUCAUCGUCAUUUGUUUCAUCUGGAGCUUGACUUUGCCUAAUGCUGAUGAUGGCAUUCGCUUCCUCUUCACACCUGAUUGGGUGCAGCUUAGAAACCCUAGGAUGUGGGUAGAUGCCAUAAGUCAAAAUGCAUUUGAUACAGGUGCAGCUGCUGGUCUAUUUGUUUCAUAUGCUGCCUAUAUGACUGCUGAAACUGGGAUAGUACGAUAUGGUAUUCUUGUCCCUAUUGGAAAUAAUAUUGUCAGUUUGAUAUGUGGUAUGCUGACAUAUGCAACUGUCUUUUCAACUCAAAGUUCUCUCAACAAAUCUGAAAUAGUGGAUUUACUUGCAGAAAAUGGCCCAGGAAACACGGGACUAACUUUUAUUUGGUUUCCAAUAUUUUUCAAUGAGAUUGGGAGAGGAGGUCGUUUUGUCUGUGUUAUCUUCUUCAUAUCCAUUGUUUUUGCUGGCCUAAGCUCUCUUACAGCUAAUGUUGAACUACUUGUCAAGGUCGUGGAAGAUUUUGGAUUAAACAGGAAACUCUCAACAGUGUUGAUUUCAUUGGUCAUCUUUUUACUUGGAAUUGGAUCUGCUCUAAGUCUUAAUUUCCUUAUCAAUCAGGACUUUGUUUGGGGUUUUGGUCUUCUUAUAGCAGGUUUGAUGUUCCUCUAUCUAGUGAUAAGAGUAGGACCUUCUAUAUUUCGUAGGAAGAUGUUUAAUGAGUACAGUGUCAACGAUUGGCAUCUUUAUGCUCCCUGGGAUUGGAUGGUCAAGUUUAUUGCACCUAUUGAGGCAGUGAUCUUGAUUAUAUGGUGGGCAUACGGUACUAUAUCUGACAAUAAAGAAGACUGGUAUCAAUUUCUUCCAGAGAGCUUCAUGGCAACUGUAGUUCAGGUAAGUAUAUUUCAGGUACCAUUGUGUCCCAUAAUAUCACCAGAAUAAGAUUAUACAUGUAAGCUUAGUUAUCACAGUGAGCAAAAUAAUUGAGAUUUAGUUAAAGCAAAUGCUGUAAAACCUUGUGAUUGAUUUAUUAAGAAAAUUUCAUUGCAGCCAAAGGCUGAAUUGCAAAAUGUUUUAUAAAGUAAAACACAAAAUAUAUACAAUAUCAAUAAACAUAACAAAAAUGACAUGUCAAAGUAAUAAAACCAUCGUUAUGUGGUGAAAUUUUAAAAAGCAUAAAAUAAUUUAUAUAUAUUAUAUAACAGUAACCUUGGAUAUUUGUCGCCACAAUAUGAUUCUAUGGGGAUGGAGUCUCAACUGAAGUCAGAGUCAUUUUCAUUUUUACCCAUUUCUCUGCAAUUACUCUUUUUUCUUUUCGAAUCCUUUUGCACAUUAUUCUUAUUUGCGCAUUUUAACACUCAGGCUAUCAUUUUGUUGGAUUCUUACAGAUUUAUUUAUGGUCGUUUUCAUAGGUGGAACUUAUACUAUAUGUAAACCCUAACUGCAUUGGGGUGAGGGUUCCUCCUCAAUUUAUUUUUUAAGUCUGUAACUUGAAAAUCUCUCACCACAAUGUUUCAUACUUUCUUUUUCCUCAUGAGCCUCACACUUUUUAAACCAAUUUGUGACACCUGGGUAUGUGGUUACAGAGUUUAUCCUGAUUUUGUACAUGCAUGAUUGGCGAUAUUGCUCACAAAAUUGAUUUUGGUACAAAUUAAAUACCAAUUGAGUUUUCAGCUG